AUGUCUAAAUACCUUAGCAAUUGUUGUGCAUUUAUAAAUGAUUUUUUGGCCCGUAUUCCACUGGUUGGAAUCGGGAUUACAUCUAAUUUAUAUGAAGACCUGCAGCCAGUAGCGAGUUUCCUUCGUAGGAAUUGGUUCGCUGGAGCCCUUGCAGGCAUUGGAGGACUCUUAUACAGUCAUCUACAAAAGGAGAGGGUGGCCAGAAGACGUGCCGAGGACGACAAUUUGAAGAGUCGUGUUGCACUCGACUUUUGGCAGAACGUAUCCGACAAUUGGGAAACACUAUUUCGCCUGGAAGAACACAAGAACAUGGAACUCCGAAAAGAUAUCGGGCUCAGGAAAGAGGCUGAGGAAGCCCUCCGAAAAAGGGUCUGCGAUCUGGAGAAAUGUCUAGCCGACGAAAAAAUUCGUCAUUUGGAAGAGCUGCUGGAUAUGGAGGAAGCGGCGGCGAAGCAGGUCAAGUUGCCGGAAGAGGCCAGCAACAAAAUAGCGUCUGAAAAUCAAGAUCUGAAGAAGCUCAAUGAGGAACAGACGCUUCUAAUAUCAAGACAAAUGAAGGAGAUUGAGGAUUUAAAACAAUUGGAAUCUGGAUAUAAAGAGUUGAAAAAUGAGCUGGCAACUUUUGCUCGUGAGAAAGAAGACCUUCUGAGGCGCCUGCAGGAACAGGAGGCACUUUUGAAGGAACCGCCGGAAAGGGCAGGCCACACAACCGGAGAGAAAGAGAAGCUCGAAGGAGAAGUAAAUGAGAAGAGCAGAAUCGGUGAAAUGGAAGAGGAAUUGCGAGAAUUACGUCAUUCUCUAACUCUGACGAAUUCGGACAGAGAUCGCCUCAGGGAAGAGAAAGAGAGGCUUCGAGAGAUAAUUGACCAGAAGGAGACGGAAUAUAUAGAACUAGAGAGGGAAGUAAAGGCAUUGGGAAAUGUGAACCAGGAACUCAUAAAGGAUAUUUACCAGUGGGAUAGGGAUACAGUUGCGUUCGAGCAGACAAUUGAAGACUUGCAGGGAGCAAUCGACGACCUGAUGAGGAGGAAUGUGGAACUGAGCAAAUUGAAUAUGGAAAUGGAAGGGAAGAACACUUUACAAGAAAAAAAACUACAACAGGAACAGGAGGCACUUUUGAAGGAACCGCCGGAAAGGGCAGGCCACACAACCGGAGAGAAAGAGAAGCUCGAAGGAGAAGUAAAUGGAGAAGAGCCAAUCGGUGAAAUGGAAGAGGAAUUGCGAGAAUUACGUCAUUCUCUAACUCUGACGAAUUCGGACAGAGAUCGCCUCAGGGAAGAGAAAGAGAGGCUUCGAGAGAUAAUUGACCAGAAGGAGACGGAAUAUAUAGAACUGGAGAGGGAAGUAAAGGCAUUGGGAAAUGUGAACCAGGAACUCAUAAAGGAUAUUUACCAGUGGGAUAGGGAUACAGUUGCGUUCGAGCAGACAAUUGAAGACUUGCAGGGAGCAAUCGACGACCUGAUGAGGAGGAAUGUGGAACUGAGCAAAUUGAAUAUGGAAAUGGAGGGGAAGAACACUUUACAAGAAAAAAAACUACAACAGGAACAGGAGGCACUUUUGAAGGAACCGUCGGAAAGCGCAGGCCACGCAACCGAACAGAAAGAGAAACUCGAAGGAGAAAUAAAUGAGAAGAUGAGGAUCGGUGAAAUGCAAGAGGAAUUACGGAAAUUACGUCAUUCUCUAACUCUGACGAAUUCGGACAGAGAUCGCCUCAGGGAUGAGAAAGAGAGGCUUCAAGAAAUAAUUGAGCAGAAGGAGACGGAAUAUAUAGAACUGGAGAGGGAAGUAAAGGCCUUGGAAAAUGUGAACCAGGAACUCAUAAAGGAUAUUUACCAGUGGGAUAGGAAUACAGUUGCGUACGAGCAGACAAUUGAAGACUUGCAGGGAGCAAUCGACGACCUGAUGAGGAGGAAUGUUGAACUGAACAAGUUAAAUAUGGAAAUGGAGGGGAAGAACACUUUACAAGAAAAAAAACUCCAACAACAACAUCAGAUGAUCAUUGAUGCUUAUACCAGCAUGGCUGCGAAUCAAGGGGAGGUGAUCAAACAGAAAAGAAAAGGACUUUGGGGAAGAACUCGAUAG